AUGUGUCUCCUACGGUUCAAACUCAAGGGUGGCGAAACCGCGUCCACCUUGGAGUAUGCCCCGGUUGACAGCCACCGUGACUACAUGGCGAGCGUCGCGCAAGGAGUGGUGCAGGAUGCUUUCCAGUUGGCAGAGGAUGCCAGGGCCAUUCGACAGAGAAAUGUCGUAUGCCUAUUCUUGCUCGCCAGCGACAAGCCCGACGACCUGGCUCAGGAGUUGACUGUCCUUGUGUGGCACGGUUUUACGAAGGAUAUUAACUCCAUCGCCCUCAACCGCCCCAUCCGAGCUUACGACGACUUCAACGCUGGCCAGAUGGUCGGGUACGACGGUAAUAAAUAUCGCCUGAAGCUCGAUGCUGGUUUGCAUGUAGCUCCACGUCGAGCUGAGGCUGUCCAUGCCGCGUUGGAGGAGAGCGACCCCCUUGAUGAGCACAAGCACAACAUCAAGAAGGAGUUCCAAGCCGGCGCCGGAUUCCGAUCCCUGCCGGGCAAUCACGCCUUGGCAAGUGGUCCUGGUGGAGAUGGCGUCGAAUCUGCCAUGACCUCCUUCGCCGAUAUGGCUUUGGCUGCCCCUCCCGCUCCUACCUCUGCCUCUCCCGUUCCUCCCUCUCUUUCCCCCCUCUCUAUCCCUCGAGAUUGCUGGAGAGCUACUCGCCUCGGCAUUGUGGGAAUUAUCGGCUUCGCUAGGUCUGGAAAGACCCAACUCCUAGCUCUAACGGCCAGACUCUAUAUGGCACAACCGGAGAUCAGCAAACUAGCCUGCAGUGCCCCCACUCAUGUUGCUACGAGCAACUUUGCCGCCAGCCUACACCAUUUAGGUGUAGAGAUCGCCAAGGAAACAAAUACUCCUUUCCCGCUCGUCGUGCGUGGCUACGCCAUCAAGACCGAGAUUGCGGCAUUCAUUAAGAUCGCAGCAGGUCAAUCCCGAGGUGCAGAGGCGGAGGAGGACAUUAUCGAUGCCUACAAGGCUCGCAGCAGGUGGUCGUUGAACCUCUCACCUUGUGAGUGGCUCCUCAAAGUCGUCGGAGCCAAAGGUUUCUCCGUCGCUGCCUCCGACCCCGAAGCCCUACGGCCUCUCCAACGUCCUAUUGAAACCGACCGCAAGUUUGAAGGCCUUCGCCAGUUUGUAGCUGGCAAGAUCUCAUUUGCCGAGGUUGGAGACUACACUCCGAACGAUGUGCACGCGGAAACCGCCCGCCAGAUGGUGCGACGCCUCCUUGAGGACAUCGUCAUGGCCGCCGACGCCGUGUGUGCCACACCUUUCGGCUUGAGUCAGGCCCCAUACGCGCAGUCCAACCGCGAAGUGGCCAAGGCUGUAGUUCUGGACGAGGCUGGGUCCAUGCCGCAGGCAGACGCGCUUCUUGUUUGGGGCGGCGGCUGCUGA